AUGGGGCCCAGAACGGCUGUGCAGCCCAGGCUAAAGGUCGUUGAAGAUCAGCCGUGGGAGGUCUGGGCCUUAGAUACGGCGGAGGCCUUUGAAGAGCUCAACUUCAAGGUUCUGGUACCUCACCCGGUGGAAAACUCGGAGGAUCUGCUGUGGAGCCUUGUCGAGCGGCCCUACAACCAGACCCUUCCCGAUGGCUCUCGGCGGGGUCCUCCCGUGGCAACUGCCCGCUUUUGGACAAAUAUGCAUGCUCCACCUGGUCGGGCAUUUGCCGUGGAGGGCAUGAAUCGUCUAAGCCCCGUUCAAGAAUGGCUGCCGAAGCUGUACGCCACACUUGGCGUCGUAGGCUCUGUGGACCUGUACUGCUCCCGUGUCGGUCGACGGCCAGUGAAUUCAUACGGCUGGCACACAGACACUGUGGAUGCUCUAAUCUAUGUCCUCAACGGCACCAAAAGGGUGCGUGUUGCAGGGCACUUCCCUGGCAGCAGAGUCACCUUGGACAAGGCCACUUGGAUGCAAUCCAUGCACAGCUGCGACUGUGGUUGCUGUAGUUGGGUACACACAUGUAUCCUUUGUGUUGGAGUGUUUUUGAGGGAAUGGUCCGAUAGUAUGCAACUAGGCUCGACGAAAGUCGAAACCUUCGGCUGCAAAUCCACUCAUUUCACCGCAGAGUGCCCGACUGAUGCCACACCACAGGUCCGACUCCCCAACGGAAGCCGUCAGAGCUCCAGCGGAAUGGGUGAAGGUGCAUGGCACAACAUGCCGAAGCAAAACUCAACAAACACACAGGUGCAUGCCUGUUCAGGACCAAGUGCUCCUGGCUGCCGAAAGCAACACAUACAACCUCCACCCCCAUGGCAGCGAUUUGAUAAUCCUCUCCUCCGUCCUAACGUCAUAAAAGGCUUCCAGGCCUCUGUGUUUGCAUGGCUUCGACCUUGUCCAGUUUCUUGUCAGGUAAUUUCGGCAGGCUCUGUCGUCUAUGUCCCUGGCGGCCGGUUCCAUUCCUUGAGGACGAGUGCCCGGGUCACUCCUGCUCUCGAUAGUUCUCAUGAGUUCCCCCCCGCGCCCGCGGCAUGA